AUGUCGCCCGGGGAAUCGAGCUCACACAAUUCACCGUCUCACCAUAGGUGCAAUUCCAAUUUGCUCGCGGCCCCAGCCUCGUUCCCCGAAUUUGACUUUCUUUCCUCGGUGUUUGAGUCAGUGCAAGCGCCGGGCUACCAACAACAAGAACAACAAGGCUCUUUCCCCAGCUCGGACUCUUCUUGGCGAUUUCAUAGCCCUGUGCAAAGCCUUGGGAACGACGGACAGUCUACGCAAUCAUUCCCAAUUCCACUGUACCCGGAUAUCUCUUCCUUAUCGUUAAAUUCAAGCGUUAGCCUUACUGGGACGAUUCUUGACCCGGAUACGCCACUUCAGAGUCUUGAAGACGAACAAUCUUUCAACAGUGUCAACCGCGAAGAGCAGUUGAUCCACGAAAAUUCCCAAGGCCUUGGGAUCAGAUCAUACUCUAUGUCAGUAGCUUCAGGCGCAUACUUUGCUGGCCCGAUGCAGCCAAACAACCACCCCUAUUGGGGCAAUCGUUCCUUUCAGCAAAUGCAGCCUCCGCCAGGCAAUAUGAAUCAGCAAUACCCACCUUCACAAGGGUACCCUCCGGCAGGGUUUCCUAUCGGUCAUAACAGCCAGCCAGGCGGGUCAUUACCGAAUUAUCAACAAGAUCCGCAACAACAUCCUUCAUACUUACCUGGUACGGCUGGGGUUGCGCCUCGACAUAAUCAAGCUCGAAGUCCUCCUAUGCAAUCAAUGGCUCGCCCAUUUCACCCUCAUUCCGCCCCUGCCACGAUACCCGAUCAAUCUUUAAUGACCACUUCUUCCCCCUAUAUGAUGAAUCCACCUGCCUACUUUCUCCCCGAAGCACAUCCAGUACCAUCCUCUCAUCCGUCCUCCAUGAGUCCACAAGCCACGCCAAUGAUCGCCGAACCUAUAUAUUCCCCUGCUACCACAAUCCCAACCGGGGAAUCCAGCGAUCGCCCUCUACGCGUGGUCAGUUCGCGACCUCGACCACAAUGCUGGGACCACGGAUGCGAAGGUCGCGAAUUUUCAACAUUUAGCAAUCUACUGCGACACCAGCGUGAGAAAUCCGGAGUUGUUGCGAAGGCAGAAUGUCCCGUCUGUGGAGCUGUGUUCACUCGCACGACGGCACGCAAUAUCCACGUUGCGCAGGGAAAGUGCAAGGGUCCAGGACGAGAAUCUUCGGCGGAAUAA